AUGGCUCUGAAGAAAUCAGCAGCAAGCCAGGCUUCGCGGGCAACCCCUAUCCCGGAAGUCGCGGAUACAGAGGAGACAGUCGAGGGAAGUAACACCCCCAUUGCGGAGGAAGAAACCGACAUCGCAGGAACCCAGGACCCAGCACCUGCAGAUAAUGAAGAGAUAGGAACCCCUGCGACUGAACUCUCCACAAUGGAGAAGGCUGCCCUAGAGCUUGAGGUUCUUCAGAUCCUUCGCGAACGGCUUGGAAUUAUCCCUCAGAAACAUUCGCAAAGCCACGAAUCUGGAUCGCCACCCGCGAAGAAAACUGACAUCCGGAUCCGACCACCAACCAAAUCUGAACGCUACUCAACUAAGGACUAUACCACCUAUCGUGCCUUCAUCACCAGCCAAGAAUCCACCGCGGAUGCUAAUGAGCCCCAGCUUGGCGACCCAAGAAAUCGCAAGCAGGAAGCGUGGUCGCGAAUGGUUUAUAUGAAACCUCGCGACGGCGAAACCGACUAUGCCUAUUGGCAGCGUUGGCGCGAACAGCGCGCAGAGAUUGGGGACGACUCGCGGGACCUGGCGAAGGUGUGGUUACACCUCUUCUUCGAGUCAUUCCCGCGAGCCCUAAAGAAUAAGGUUCGCGAGCUUCCGGAAUUCCCUAAGACUGAGGAAGAACUGGUUUCCCUCCUCGCGAGGCUGCGCCCAAACCUUGAGUCUAACACUCACCGGGACCCCUCGCGACGGAACCACAGAAACCACCAUGGCUCAGGAGGUUCCGUGAAGCGCCCUGAGGACAGGGUCUUUUCCGACAAGGGAGAGAAAGCGGAAACCACUGUCACCGCCAACUCCAAAGAAGGCAAAAAGAAGGAGUUCAAGAAAUUUAACCCUGAUGUGAAGUGUUACAACUGUGGAAAGACAGGACACAUCGCGAGCAUCGUCGCGGAAGAGCAUAGGGGUGGGCCUAUACUCUCCCACCCAAGCCUGUUCCUGCAGGCCUGGGUAGCUCGCGAUGGCAUGACACCAGCGCUCCAGUCGCUGGUGGAUAGUGGGAGCUCGAUCAAUAUCGUGCCUGCCACCCUCGCGAAGGAAGCUGGCUGGAAGCUACUCCCACGCCAGGUCUUCGCGAGGACCCUAACCUCGCAGGAGGUUAGGAAUGAAGGAGUUGUUAAAAUGGAGGUUACCCUCGCGGACAGUGAUGGCAAGGAGCAGAGGUUCCGCGAGCUAGCGGUGGCAUCCCCAGAUGUAAACUACAUCGUGUUAGGGAUACCAUGGUUAAAGAGACAUGACCCCGCGACACUGUGGGCGCAGGAGAAGGUCAUCCUCCGCGAUGACCCGCCCAUCGAUAUCGGUGUGAUGACGAUGGAAGAGCUCGCGGAGGAUCAGGAGGCGAUGCUAGCACCAGAUGAGGUCGCUAAUGAGGCGGUGGGAACCGCCGCGGAGUAUAGAGAUGCCCUAGAAGUCGCGGUAGUGGACACCGCGGGGCAUAGAGAUACCCGGGGCCAAGGAGUUGCCCGAAGGCCUGAAGAGGCGACUAAGAGGGUGGUCGCGAGCAGCACCACUACACCUAGAGAGGCAUCCACAGUGGCGAUCACCAGAAGUGCCGCGGAGCAGAAAGUUGAGUAUGCUCGGGCUAUCAUCUUGAAUGGUACCACGGCAGUACCUGAGGCCUUGGCCCAGGGAGAAGCCAUCCGAGAGGGGUGUGCUGAGGAAGGGCCCUACCGCAGGGACCCAUCCGCGGAGAUCAGGGCGGUGGUCCCAAGAAUUCUCCGCGCGGAUGAGUUCGCGAAGAAUAUUCUUGCAGGGCUCGAGGACCCCGCGAAGUUCCAACCAUGGAACCGGUGCGCGAAGGACCAGUUGUCCCGUUGGAAACUUCGCGAAGGCUUUUCUACCGGAGGGAACGCCUGUAUAUCCUUGACGAGUAUGGGAUGA